AUGCUCUAUACUUUCCUCCCAUCCGACAUCGCCAAAAUAUGUUUCGUUGCUGUCCUCUUUGUCUGUCUGCGCGGUCUCUUCUGGUUCAUCAAUAUGCUUCUUAUCCAACCGAUUUUCGAUCCUUUGAGAUUUGUUCCCGGUCCUGAUGGCACCCUCUUGCAAAGUCACCUCCAGCAAGUCAUGGAUCCUACCCUUAGUACGAACACCUAUCUCGAAUGGAAGAGGCGUUUUGGAAGGACGUUCCGUUUCAACGGAUUUGGCAAGCAUGAUUAUCGCUUAAUAUCCUUUGACCCUCGCGUUAUCCAAUGGGUCCUUGGUAGCUCAGCAUUCGAGAAACCAUGGCAAACCAGAUCGUUCAUGAGCAGACUGAUUGGUCGCGGCAUUUUCUCUAUGGAAGGCAAGGAACAUACCCAACAACGUAAGAUCGUUCACUCAGCUUUCACCCCUCGGUCGGUCAAGAAUAUGACGCCCAUAUUCUUUCGCAAAGCGGAGGAAUUGCGAGAACGGUGGAAGAACAUCCUGGAAGAGUCGCAAUAUGCCAAUUCUUUGUCCAAAUCCAAGUCAGAAAACGCAUUGUCCAGACCCUGUAGGACAGUUCUUGACGUCGCUCACUGGACUUCUCGUGCUGCAUUUGAUGUCAUCGGCCUGGCGGGAUUUAAUUAUGAUUUUCACUCGAUACAAAACGAAUCAGAACCUGUCUACUCAGCAUAUAGACGAAUGUUUAACAUUGCGGACAAAGGACUCGGACUGAGGCAAAUUAUGGAACUUUAUUUUCCUAUUUUAAGAACAAUUUGGCCCAAUGAAGAUAUCAAGGAAACUAACCAAUGUUUGAAAAUCAUAAAAACGGCCGGCGAGCAUAUCCUUACUGAGAGAAAGACUGCCGUUCAAAUAUCAGAAGAAGAUGGCGAAAACGAUCUCUUAUCCCUACUCAUCAAAUCCAAUAUGCUGAGCAAACCUUCGGAACGGUUGACCGACCAAGAAUUGCUUGAUCAAUGUUCAACCUUCUUUAUGGCUGGAUCCGACAGUGUUGCCGUCGCACUAUCUUGGUGCUUCCAUCUCCUUUCUCUGAAUCCGGAUAUCCAAAAACGCCUGCGUGCUGAAAUAAAAUCAAUAAGCCAUAUAUCAGAAGGCGAUAUCUCGGAUUACGAUUCAGAGAAUCACGAUUGUGAAAUAUGCAAGCCAGAGUCACCUUUUCAGCAGAUACAAUCAAUAUAUCCUCGACGAUGCAGAAGCCUACCACAAUGGGAGGCUGUGGAAAAUCUUCCAUAUCUUAAUUCGGUCGUGCUAGAGACUUUGAGGUUUUGCCCUCCGGUGCAUGGUACGAUUCGCGUUGCUACACAAACUCACCCGAUCCCGAUAUCCCGUCCAAUAUCCCUUUUCGACGGGUCAGCAAUUGCCAGUGGCGUAAUAACCGACUUCAGGGAUGAUUAUCUGACUAUCAAAAAGGGUAGCUAUGUGCACGUUCCCAUUGAAGGUUGGAACCUCAGUGAAGAUGUAUGGGGUCCCGAUUCAUUGGUGUUCAACCCCAGUCGAUGGUCAAAACCAUCUUACUCCAACUAUAGACUGGGUCCCAAUAACCUGUUGACAUUUGGAUACGGGCAUCAAUCUUGCCUAGGGUAUAAGUUCACUGUCGCAGAAAUGAAAAUCUUUCUCGCUAUUCUUCUACCAGCGUUCGAAUUUAAACCUGCAGACGGCGUUCCUGUUAGCAAAUUCAACACCAUUCUUACCCGACCAUUCGUUUCUGGCAAAUGGGCUGAAGGAACACAAUUGCCUAUCUUGGUUAAUGAAAUUAAAUGA